AUACUUAUAGAGAGAAGGACACACACACACGCAGAAAGAUCUUCCCAUCUGCUGGUUCACUCUCUAAACAGCCUCCAUGGCUGAUGCUGGGCUGGUUUGAAUUUUGGAACCAAAAGCUUCUUCCAGGUCUCCCAUGUGAAUGCAGGAGCCCAAGAACUUGGCCUAUGCUCUGCUGCUUUCCCAGAUACCUUGGUCAGGAGCUGGGUUGGUAGUGGAGCAGUUGGGAUUCGAACCAACAUCCAUAUGAGAUAUUGCAGGUGGAGGCUCAGCCUGAUAAGCUAUGACUCCAGUCUUAAGGCUGCUCCUUAAGCUGAUGAUUUUGUAUGUUCUGUGACAGAUGUUAUAAAUACUUAGAUGGCCUUGGGCAGCAAAAGAAUUUCCCCAUGCCUGUGUAAGGAUGGUCAAGACCAUACCCUCAAUAUACCACACAGAGCUAACUUCAAGGCUAUUCCUGAAUAAACUGGACACCCAGGCCAGAGCAGUAUCUUCCCACAUUGUCCCAGAAAUCUCUUUUUCCGGCUGCUUUGGGUGAAGAUAGAUUUACCAAAGGUUUCUGCUCUUCUGCAUGGUCAAGUCUCUUUGGUGUUUGCACACCAGCCUUCUUGGACUGGUUCUGUUUUCCAUGGAGAUGGGAGAGAAAGAGGAAGUCAAUAUUUCCUGUAACCCUUACCCCCCAGCUCGUGUCCUGGAACCCUUGCCAAGUGACACGGGAACUAUCUCCCCUUUGGCCUUUACUGUGAGGUGUUUUUAAAUGACUUCAACCUUACAGUUGAAAGAAAUGGAUUCCACUAGCAGCUUCCAGAAUCCAACAUACUUCCCAGUGAAGCAGAGAGGCAGUGCUGGUUCUGGGAACACAAAAGCUCCGGGAACUUGGCUUUUUUCAGAAAGACUGUUUUAUGCCCUCCCACUUGCCUUUUGAAAUCCACUAACCAUAAUAUUUACUCCAUUUCCCCUUUUCUCUCCCUUACACACACCCUCUCUCUCUUUUUAGCAGCAACAUAGAAGCCGGCCAUAUUAGAGAGAUGGAAAUAAAGCCUCCUUAAUGUUGUCUAUGUCUUUGAAGUAUAUCCGUACAUUCCUUGUAGCCUCUCACCGUCCCCCCCUCGUGGUCCUUGGCCCCCAAUCACCCUCUCCCACAGCCCACCCGACCAGCAUCUCAGACUCUGAAAAUGCCCAGAGAUGCGUGGCUACCUCGCCCUGCCUUCAGCCUCACGGGGCUCGGUCUCUUGUUUUCUCUGGUGCCCCCGGGGCAGAGCAUGGAGGUAUCGGUCCCCACAAUCCUCAGUGUCCUCAAUGGCUCUGAUGCCCGCCUCUCCUGCACCUUUAACUCCUGCUACAUGGUGAACCACAAGCAGUUCUCUCUGAACUGGACCUACCAGAGCUGCAGUAACUGCUCCGAGGAGAUGUUCCUCCAGUUCCGCAUGAAGAUCAUCAACCUGAAGCUAGAGCGCUUCCAGGACCGUGUGGAGUUCUCAGGCAACCCCAGCAAGUACGAUGUGUCAGUGACGCUCAAGAAUGUGCAGCUGGAUGACCAAGGCACCUACAACUGCUAUGUGAUGAACCCGCCAGACCGCCACCGUGGCCACGGCAAGAUCAGCCUCCGGGUCCUCACAGAAGAGCCCCCCGAGCGGGACUCCACAGUGGCAGUGAUCGUGGGCGCCUCUGUGGGGGGCUUCCUGGCCGUGGUCAUCUUGGUGCUGAUGGUGGUCAAGUGUGUGAGGAGGAAAAAAGAGCAGAAGCUGAGCACGGACGACCUGAAGACAGAGGAGGAGGGCAAGACGGAUGGCGAGGGCAACGCGGACGAGGGCGCCAAGUAGCAGGCGGCUGGCCUGCAUUCCCUCCCCGGGCCCUGACUCCUGCCACUCCCUACCUGGUCCCGUGUCACCCUCCCUGCUCUCUCUGGUUGUGUUUCUCUUGAACUAGGACCUCCUCCUCACCCAUGCUGGGGUCUUUCUGGAACUCCUCACUUCUUACCCCUGCCCUGCACCAGGAGUGACUGCCUCUCUUCCAUCUGGGAGACCUGCGAUGGCAUCUGGGAGUGUGGGCCUGGGACAGCAACAGAAGGGGCUGCAACCUGCACCGUAGGAGUGUCCAGAAGACAAACUGGGGCGGGGUGGGAGUAGGUGGGUGAGCCAGGCAAAAGGCCUUGGCGUGGCAUGGACAUGAACCCUGGUCCAGGGACCUCUGUGUGGCCCUUGUCCCUUCCAUUGCCAGUUGCCACUACACUAUCCUGCUGCUGCCUGGUUCUCUGGGCGUGCUGGCAAAGUCAGAUAGGGCAAAGCAGCUCCAUGUGAGGGCUACACCCCUGAGCCCCGGAAGGCUGGGGUCAAGGUCGGAGGA